AUGGACCUACGGCGCUCGCUCGUCGAGAAACGUCUAUCAGCGCGCUCAAAGCCCUCUUCUAAACAAGGCUCCAAGCAAAAUUCACGCGCAGGCUCAGCAUAUGGCACGGAUGAUGAGCUCGAUGAUGACGAUGGACUUUCGGUCGCUUCCUUUGAGUCGGUCGACUCCCUCAUGGACGGCCAUGGUGCUGCUGCUGGAAUACAAUCGCUCACCUAUGAAGAGGACUUGGCGCAAACAAUAGAAGGUGUUCUCGAGCGCAAAGGAAGCGGUGUCGGUGAACGCGAACAGCUCUUAACACGUCUCGUCAAGUUGCUGCUGAGUCGAGUUGCGACAAAGGAGAUUGUUGAGAAGGCCUCAAGUCUAGCGGGUGCACUUUCAAAGAUUCUCAAAUCGGCCAGGAGCGAACGCGAGGCACUAUUGGCUUGCAAAGCAAUUGCGAUCUUGUAUUGGACUUGCCCAGACAUCGAUGAUAUCUUUGCAACAUGUGCGCCAGUCUUGCGUUAUACGAUACAAAGCUCCAGCUUUAUCAUUGCGAAAGCAGCCGCGUUGACGGCGCUUGCUUCCAUACAUCUCAUUUUUGGAUCCAUCAGCGACGUCGAGAGCUUCUUGGAUAUGCUUGUUGAGAUUAUUGAAAAUGAUGGACAUUCUAUUGGUGCUGGCGAGGAUGCAGGCUGUGUCGCUGCAGCGCAAGAUGCUGUUGCUCUCGCCUUGACCGCUAUGGAAGGCAGCGAUACAGCGCUCGAAAGCGCACAAAUAUGCUUGCCAUGUCUGGUCGAUCAGCUUGAAUCGGUGGAUCUCAAAGUGCGGACUUCUGCUGGUGAAGCAAUAGCGCUUGCUUUUGAAAUCACGGGUGUUCAUGAUCCAGAAGACGAAGAGGCGAUAGCGGAAUAUAAAGCCAACCCGCCCAUCGACGACACGCAUUUCCUGAUUCGCCAACUCUCGCAAUUAUCAACGGAAAGUUCAAAAAGGGUCUCGAAGCAACAUCGCAAAGAGCAACAUGCUGCAUUCCGCGAGAUUCUCGCAACUGUUUCAAAUCCCCAUGGGUUGGUGAGUUCGGGUUCUACGCCGCAAGAGACUUUGCGUUUUGGCAAGCACAGAGGGCAAGUUUUGUAUGUGACAACAUGGCUGGGUGCCGUGCGUCUUGCACAUUUACGUCGCGUGCUUGGUGGCGGCCUCCAAGUUUUCCUGCGACAGUCAAGUUUUGUUCGGCGCCAAGCUGGGUUCGAGGGACAUCUGGCUAGCGAAACAGUAGGUGGUGACGGAGAAGAUGAGCACGAAGCAGACGAAGAGCAUGGCGGCUCGGGACCCAGCCACGGUCUCACAGACGACAUGUCAAAGGAUCUCAAGAACAGCAUUCACCAAGAAAUUCGACGGCAGCGCCAUAAAGACCGCAUUACUGAACGAAAAGAAAAGAACAUGGCAAACAGCUUCUCAGCUGACGAUGGCGAGCUCUAA